CAGGCCUUCCCAGAACACAGCCAAGCUCAAGACCAGCAGGUUUCGUGUUGAUCCGUUUCAGUGCCAUGGAAUUUACCAGCACUGUCCUUUUAGCCUCUAAACUGACUUCCAAGAUACUGUCUGCAGGGACCCUGGCCAAAGUGGGUGGGGCAGCCUCUGGCAGUAUCUUGGCAGGACUUCCUUCCAUGGAAAGAUAGUGGUGUCCUUGGCUCUGCAACUAGUGGUCCCACACUGCUUCUAAGAUGUCAGCUAAAGCCAUAGAGAGUGGGGAAGGACCUGCCACUGACCUCUUCCUGCCAGAAUCUCCGUCAGAUGAGGAGGAUGAACCUUCCCCGCCAUCCGACCAGGCCUCUGAUGGUUCUACUCCUGGGAAACCACCACAGGGACCACAACAGGGGCCAGAUGGAUCUGGCCUUGACCACAGAGACCCACCCACGUCCGGAGACAGCAAUUUCUCCCAUUAUGCAGGGAACCCCUCCCACUGUGGCGGCAGGGGGACACAGCGGGAGGCCAGUGUCGUGCACUCACAGGGGUUCUUUCUGUCUCCAGGCAAGGCUGCCGCAGCCGUGAUCGGAGGAGCCUUGGCCGUGGGGGCUGUGCCCCUGGUGCUGGGCGCCGUGGGCUUCACUGGGGCAGGAAUCGCAGCCUCCUCCUUAGCAGCCAAGAUGAUGUCAGCAGCCGCCAUCGCCAAUGGGGGUGGAGUUGCCGCCGGCAGCCUGGUGGCCACUCUCCAGUCCGUGGGGGCAGCCGGCCUUUCCAUGUCAUCUAACAUCCUCCUGGGCUCUGCCGGGUCAGCUACUGGGGCCUGGCUGUGGGGGUCAAAAAAGAAAGAGCCUUCCUCUCCUCCACCAGGACCCAGUACUGAAGCAGAGAAGGGCUCUGGAGAUGACCCUCCGGGACCUCAAGAUGUCCGUUCCCCAAAUGACAAGUCCUCUGCCCCCCCAAAUUCUUCAAAGAAUCAUAAGAAAUAAAGACAGGAUGCUGUGACCUUC